AUGAACAGGGUUUUUCGCGAUCUUCUAGACCGAUGUGUCAUCGUCUAUUUGGACGAUAUCCUGAUUUUUAGCAAGACACGGGAGCAGCAUCUCCGCGACCUGGACGCAGUAUUUAAACGGUUGCAGGAGAACCGCCUCAUCACCAAGGGCUCUAAGUGCGAGUUUUUUAAGCAGGAGUUGGAGUUUUUAGGGCACGUCAUCUCCCGCGACGGCAUUAAAAUUGACCCGGCGAAGAUUAAAACCAUACAAGGGUGGAAGGCCCCGACUAAUGUCACGGAGCUUCAGAGUUUUCUGGGGUUCGUGAAUUACGUCAGGCGGUUUAUCCCGAAUAUGGCGGGGAUAACCGGCCCGCUGACCGACCUGCUGCACAAGGACAAGAAUUUCGUGUGGGGGGAGGAGGCAGAGGCGGCUUUCCAGGAGCUCAAGAAUUUUCUCGUUUCUCCUCCUGUACUGCGCAUCGCCGACCCAUCGAAGCCGUUCGAAGUUGUAACCGACGCCUCUGAUUUCGCCAUCGGAGCAGUGCUUCUCCAGGAUUUCGGGAACGGGCUGCAGCCGAUCGCCUACGAAUCACGCAAGCUGCAAGCUGCCGAGCGCAACUACCCGAUCCACGACAAGGAGAUGCUCGCCAUAAUCCACGCGUUUAAACUGUGGCGAUGCUACCUGGUGGGCGCCGACGUCACUGUGCGCACGGACCACAAGUCCCUACAGUACCUGCGAGCUCAACCGAACCUCAACCCAUGA